AUGGCUGAUAGUGGCGGCGUCAAGCGCGUGGUACUGACCUCCAGCUUCCUUCUAUUUGCUUCGAUUGUAGCUUCAAUCUGCCUAGAACGAAAACUGUACCGCCAGCGGGUCUGGCGCCGGCGAUUGGCGCACAAGAAGGUGUCAAAAUCAUCCGACUUAGGGACAUCGUUUGGCUUGGACAUUGGGGGGACGCUAGCCAAAAUUGUGUAUUUCGAGCACCACGAGGCGAGGGAUGAGAAGCGGUCGCGCUCGGCUUCACUGGAUGGGGCAGCAAGAGAAAUGAAUGAGUUCUUGCGUGAGCAUCUGGCAUUUGGCAUCACGGGAGUGCAGGAUGUGCGUCUAAAAGCGUACUCUACGAUCCUUAACGGGGUUUUUCACUUUAUGCAGUUUGAAAGCAGCAGGACUCGAGAAGCGGUCGAGUUUAUUGUGAACAAUGGAAUUAAUCAGUCGCUCAGGAUUUUGCCUUGCACGGGCGGCGGGGCUCAUAAGUACGGACCUGUGUUCAAGGAAAUGGCAGGGAUUGAACUGGAGAAAUACGACGAGAUCAAUUGCACCAUUUUGGGCCUACAUCUCCUGCUCACGACACUGCCGGACGAAAUGUAUACUUUUGAGGUUGUUGAUUUCAACUCUCUAGCGGCUUCGCGGGCGAAAACAGUCCCACCGGAUGCGGACGACAACGUGUAUCCAUAUUUGCUCGUCAGUAUUGGUUCCGGUGUCAGUGUGCUGUAUGUGAAAGGGCCGGAAGACUACGAACGUGUUAGUGGCAGCAGCAUUGGCGGGGGCACGUAUUGGGGUCUUUGUCGUCUACUGACUCACUGCGAGUCCUAUGACGAAGCGCUAGAUCUAUGUGUCACUGGCUCCAAUCAGUCGGUCGAUAUGAGUGUCGGAGAUAUCUACGGAGGAGCAUACGACAAGUUCAACUUACCAGCAUCAACGGUUGCUAGCAGUUUCGGCAAAAUGAUCUCAGCCUCCCGAGAAAGUGUGAGUGAUGCCGACCUUGCCCGGUCUUUGUUGGUUAUGGUCACCCAGAAUAUCGGCCAGGUCGCCUUCCUGAACGCAACUUUGUACAAGACGAAAAAUAUCUUUUUCGUUGGUAAUUUCCUGAGGCACAACCGGAUUUCGUCAAGAACAUUGGCGUAUGCAAUCAAUUUCUGGUCAAAGGGAGCAAUGGAAGCACGUUUCUGCAAGCACGAAGGUUAUCUUGGGGCACUUGGGGCAUUUGUGCGGCAUGCAGAGGUAACAAAUGCUCAUGGAAAAGAUUUUGUGUCCGCGACACGAAGGACACGGCCGUUGUCUGAGACUCAACUUUAG